AUACCAUCUCGAACUCGGCUUGGAUUGAAAGUGAAAGACAUUUGCAGCUUAAGCCAGUCACCGUUAAGCGCUGUGAUCAGAAAAUUUAAGAUCACGAUUAAAGAUAUGGAAAUAGCCUUACAGGAGAAAAGUAAAGGAAUACUUUACGAAGGCUAUACGAAGUCAUUUCGUCAGUGUAUCUUCGAAGAAGGAGACGUUGUCGGAAAGAAUGAGCGAUAUGAAUUUCGAUGUGACGAUGACUUGGAGUGUUGUGGGCGCACUUGUUGUAUACCCGAAGCAACCACUAUUCCUUUGUGGUUGAUGAUUAUCUUUAUUAUUCUGGCCGCGGUAUUGCUACUAGCGAUUCUUGGCACUCUCGCCUGGCUUCUAGCAAAACGAAGGAAACCGAAACCAAAGAAAGCGGGAUUUGUGAACGAGGCAUCGUCCCAACGAGCGACGAAAGGCUACUCAGCGUUGCAGUCUCAACGACAUGGUGCUGGCGGCAGCGGACGCGAUUCUGAUGAUCGGGGACUGCUUGCACAUGAGCAAGAGACCUACAGUACGCCUGAUCAUCUAUAUGGUGGUUACGGCAGCCGCUCGUACAGCCAUAGUGAUAGCCAUCGAGGAUAUCCGUCGCGUCGGGACGGCUAUGGCAACAACAUGUAUCAUGGCGAUAGCGGCUAUGGCCCUGGUAGUGGAGGCCUCAACAUUGACCGCGGUGGUGGUGGAGGCGGUGUCACGCGAGACAUUGCGAUACGUGACGCUCGUCGCGACUUUGCACGACCGCAUGGCGACCGCUCGCGUGACAUAGGUGGUUCACGCAUCACUGUCUCAAGUGAUGGCCUCAACAUUGACCGCGGUGGUGGUGGAGGCGGUGUCACGCGAGACAUUGCGAUACGUGACGCUCGUCGCGACUUUGCACGACCGCAUGGCGACCGCUCGCGUGACAUAGGUGGUUCACGCAUCACUGUCUCAAGUGAUGGUAACGGGUCUAUGGUACGCCACGGCGUACAUGAGACCGUCGAAGAAAAGAAGUUCGUUCCAUCCCCAAUGCAAGAAGAAUCACUCCCGCAACCUAAAGAGGGACACAUCGUGCAAAGAAAUGAGGACGAGAUCAGCCGAGCUCUCACAUUCGACAUGAACGAAGUUCCACCUCUCAAUCCACAACGAGCUCAACUUGCCUUCUACAGGCCGUUCGUUGCUGAUCCGAUGGAGGAAGUGGUGCUGCCAGCGCCGCUUAGAGGAUCGGUAUCACACCACUCAAUUGCUGAACUCAGUCAAACUCAAAUGCCAAGCUAC